CGUUUGUCUUCUGGAUGACUCUGAGGAGGUUAAGUUAAGGAAGUGUAUGUUAAUGAUAAAACAUGGCCUAAUGUUGGUAAUUGUUAUUGUUUACACAUUGGCUUUGAGUACUUCAAUCGCCUAAGGGGUGGUUCAUGUAUUAUUUUCGGCGUACAAUGAUAUUGUGAGUAACACCGCGUAUAAAUGUGUCACAUGUUUGCUUUUUCUUUCUAUUUCAAGAACUGUUCUGGCAUUUCUUUUUUCUCUUUCCCUUCCUUUUUCCCCUUUUCCAAGUCUAAUUCGGUUCACAAUGUAUUUGCCUCGUCCCUUGAUUUAAUUCUGCUCAAUCUGUGUCCAUAUAGUCCUCUCUCCGUUUUCGUCUGCGUCUGGGUUCAGCAGUGACGUGGACUUCCCUUUCCCCUCGGGUCACAUGACUGCAGAUACGGGUGUGGUCCUGCCUGCAUUCCACCCGUACCCCCCCUUCCCCCUCUCCUCUAGGCACACACAGUGCGAAGGGGAAGUCCACCGGAUCAUGUUUACAUCCUCCUCUCCAGACCUGCUGACUGUGAGGUGCAGAUCAGGUUAAAGAUCUAACCUCAGAGAUCCCCUCAGGCCGCUCCGACCUACCUGGGAACCACCAGACUUGACAGAAGGGUUCCCCAGCUGCUGCUGCCUCUGGACCAGGUGUGAGACCACGUGCCGAGGGCCCGCAGACGCUUGAAGGAGACGACAGAAGAGGGGAAGAUGGCGAACAACGCUGCAGAGCACCCACCGGGGAACUCGGUGGCGGACCCCAGCCAGGAGGGGGACUUCGGCAUCACCACCAUGGACCUUAGGAACCUGAUGGAGCUGCGCAGCGCCGAGGCGGUGGCCAGCAUCAGGGACGGCUACGGAGACGUGCAGGGCAUCUGCCGCCGGCUCAAAACCUCGCCCAUAGAAGGUCUUUCUGGCAACCCUGUUGAUCUAGAAAAACGGCACGCUUCAUUUGGGAAGAAUUUCAUCCCACCCAAAAAGGCCAAGAGUUUCCUGGCACUGGUGUGGGAAGCUCUGCAAGAUGUCACCCUCAUCAUCCUGGAGAUCGCUGCCAUCAUAUCCCUGGGCUUAUCCUUCUAUCAUCCACCAGGGGGGGACAGUGAAAGUUGUGGGCAGGCAGCGUCCGGUGUGGAGGACGAAGGCGAAGCCCAGGCGGGCUGGAUCGAGGGCGCCGCCAUCCUCUUCUCGGUGGCCAUCGUGGUGCUGGUCACAGCCUUCAACGACUGGUCCAAGGAGAAGCAGUUCCGCGGGCUGCAGAGCCGCAUCGAGCAGGAGCAGAAGUUCACGGUCAUCCGCAAGGGCCAGGUCAUCCAGAUCCCUGUGUCGGAGAUCGUGACAGGCGACAUCGCGCAGAUCAAAUACGGGGACCUUUUGCCAGCCGACGGCAUCCUGAUCCAAGGCAACGACCUGAAGAUCGACGAGAGCUCUCUGACGGGCGAGUCCGACCACGUCCGCAAGUCCCUGGACAAGGACCCCAUGCUGCUGUCUGGCACCCAUGUGAUGGAGGGCUCUGGGCGCAUGGUUGUGUCGGCUGUGGGCCUCAACUCCCAGACAGGCAUCAUCUUCACCCUCCUGGGGGCGGGCGACAGCGACGAGGAAAAGAAAGUCAAGAAAAGUAAAAAACAAGGACCCCCUGAGAAUCGCAACAAAGCCAAGACCCAGGAUGGCAUUGCUCUGGAGAUCCAGCCCCUGAAGAGCGAGGAGGCGGCCGAGUCGGAGGAGAAGGAGGAGCUGAAGCCAGUGAAGAAGGUCAACGUCACUAAGAAGGAGAAGUCUGUGCUCCAGGGAAAGCUCACCAGACUGGCCGUGCAGAUCGGGAAGGCCGGCCUCAUUAUGUCCGCCGUCACCGUCAUCAUCCUCAUACUGUACUUCGUCAUCGACACCUUCGGGGUUCAGGGCCGCACCUGGGAGUCGGAGUGCACCCCCAUCUACAUCCAGUACUUUGUCAAGUUCUUCAUCAUCGGGGUGACGGUUCUGGUGGUGGCGGUGCCCGAGGGGCUCCCCCUGGCCGUCACCAUCUCCCUGGCCUACUCCGUCAAGAAAAUGAUGAAGGACAACAACCUGGUGCGCCACCUGGACGCCUGUGAAACCAUGGGCAACGCCACGGCCAUCUGCUCGGACAAGACAGGAACGCUGACCAUGAACCGCAUGACGGUGGUGCAGGCCUACGUGGGGGACACCCACUACAAGGCCGUCCCUGAGCCCGACGCCAUCAUGCCUGACACGCUGGAGGUCCUGGUCAACAGCAUCUCCAUCAACUCUGCCUACACCACCAAGAUCCUGCCCCCAGAGAGAGAGGGAGGCCUCCCGCGUCACGUGGGCAACAAGACGGAGUGCUCCCUGUUGGGUCUUGUGCUGGAGCUCAAGAGGGACUACCAGCCAAUCAGGGACGAGAUCCCAGAGGAGAAGCUGUACAAGGUGUACACCUUCAACUCCUCCCGCAAGUCCAUGAGCACGGUGCUGAAGAACGCAGAUGGAAGCUUCCGCAUGUACAGCAAAGGGGCUUCCGAGAUCGUCCUGCGCAAAUGCUCCCACAUCUUGGACACCAAAGGUAAGCCGCGUAGCUUCAGCCCCAAGGACCGCGACGACAUGGUGCGCCGCGUGAUCGAGCCCAUGGCCUGCGACGGCCUGCGCACCAUCUGCGUGGCCUACCGCGACUUCCCCGCCGAGGCCGGCGAGCCCAACUGGGACAACGAGAACGACAUCCUGAACGACCUCACCUGCAUCGUGGUGGUGGGCAUCGAGGACCCCGUCAGACCCGAGGUACCAGAUGCCAUCUCAAAGUGUCAACGUGCUGGCAUCACUGUGCGCAUGGUCACCGGCGACAACAUCAACACAGCCCGCGCCAUAGCAACCAAGUGUGGCAUCCUUCUGCCCGGGGAGGACUUCUUGUGUAUGGAAGGCAAGGAAUUCAACCUACAGAUCCGCAACGACAAAGGAGAGGUUGAACAAGAACGUCUGGACAAGGUCUGGCCCAACCUGCGUGUCCUGGCCCGGUCUUCACCCACCGACAAACACACCCUAGUUAAAGGCAUCAUCGACAGCACCGUGGGGGAGACCAGGCAGGUGGUGGCGGUGACCGGGGAUGGCACCAACGACGGGCCUGCCCUCAAGAAAGCCGACGUUGGAUUCGCUAUGGGUAUCGCCGGCACUGACGUGGCCAAGGAGGCCUCCGAUAUCAUCCUCACCGACGACAACUUCAGCAGCAUCGUGAAGGCGGUGAUGUGGGGGAGGAACGUCUACGACAGCAUCUCCAAGUUCCUGCAGUUCCAGCUGACGGUCAACGUUGUGGCGGUGAUCGUGGCCUUCACGGGGGCCUGCAUCACCCAGGACUCUCCCCUCAAAGCGGUGCAGAUGCUGUGGGUCAACCUGAUCAUGGACACCCUGGCCUCCCUGGCCCUGGCCACCGAGCCCCCCACCGAGUCUCUUCUGCUGCGCCGGCCCUACGGCCGCAACAAGCCCUCAUCUCCCGCACCAUGAAUGAAGAACAUCCUGGGAAACGCCAUCUACCAGCUCGUCAUCAUCUUCACCCUCCUCUUCGCUGGUGAGAAGAUCUUUGACAUCGACAGCGGUCGCAACGCGCCACUGCACUCGCCACCGUCCGAACACUACACCAUCGUCUUCAACGUCUUCGUCAUGAUGCAGCUGUUCAACGAGAUCAACGCCCGCAAGAUCCACGGGGAGAGGAACGUCUUCGAGGGCAUCUACCGCAACCCCAUCUUCUGCAGUGUGGUCCUGGGAACCUUCGUCCUGCAGAUCAUCAUCGUUCAGUUUGGAGGGAAGCCCUUCUCCUGCACGGCCCUCACCAUCGACCAGUGGCUGUGGUGCGUGUUCAUCGGCGUGGGAGAGCUCCUGUGGGGACAGCUGAUCACCGCCAUCCCCACGCACCGCCUGAAGUUCCUGAUGGAGGCGGGCCACAGCAGCACCAAGGAGCAGAUCCAGCAGGAGGGCCUGAACGAGGGCACCGACGAGAUCGACCACGCAGAGAUGGAGCUCCGCAGGGGCCAGAUCCUCUGGUUCAGGGGCCUCAAUCGCAUCCAGACCCAGAUGGACGUGGUGUACACCUUCCAGACGGGCCAGGCGGCCGUGCCGGGGGCACUGCGCCGCCAGCCCUCCGUCGUCAGCCAGCACAACGACUCUGCGCCGCCCAAAUCUGUCUCUAGCCCCUCCCACGUUGGGCUUAGCCCCUCCUCCUCCUCUCUGACCUAUCCGAGCGGGGUGCUGCCUCUCCCCACCACUACUACUACUACUACUACUACCGCUCCCUCCUCUUCGGCAGGCAAUUAAGGUGGUGAAUGCCUUCCGGAGCUCCCUGUACGAGGGACUAGAGAACCCCGAAUCACGCAACUCCAUCCACAGCUUCAUGGCCCACCCCGACUUCGCGUCGCUGUCCUCGGACAACGAGGACCCAAUCCCCACGAUCCAGGAGACGGGAGACGAGAUCACCGGGCCCUAGCUGGACCUGCCUCCCUCCACCAUACUCUCACCUUCCAUGAUUGGGCUUUAUCUAUACACAUGUCUAUAGAUGUAGAUAUAUAUCUAUAGACAUGUAUGUAGAUAUCUAUAUCUAUAUAUAUAUAUUGUUUAUACACUAUGUCCUUUUUUGCUCAGCCCUCAUGUCUUUAUAUCAUCGGUCUCUUUAAGUCCCCCUAACCUCUGGUGAUUCUCAUUCAUUCACCUAACUCAUGAAGCGGUCCUCCCACUUGCCCGUCCCUGCCAACAGGCUGUUGGGGCCCCACGCGCACAAACACAUUACCUGGAGUCCAUCUGGGCCCCCUUUAAAUGUUCCUUUUCCAUCGGUAUCCCGGUGACCUAUGUUUUUAAUUCAGUCCGAGUUUUUGUCUGGUACCGAAGAAAAGCACGUCUGUUUGUUGUACAACUUCUCAAUGCUCUGGAAUGACACUACUGGAGCUUAUCCUUUAAGAAGAACGCGUCGGGCUUUGAUUCUUCAGCACAAACCCCUAUUGGUUUCUUAUCCAACCGAUGAGUCGACUGAUGCUUAAAAUACCGAAUAUGUCUAAGGAUUGUGUAUAGCUUCUAACUGUCCAAACGUUGUCUAUUGUCCCCAAGAAUAUUCCUAUCAUCUUUUUAUAAUUUAUAGUUUUCUCUGCAAAGACAGGACUAUUCUUAAUGUGUUGUCGGACUAAGUAGAACUAAUAGGCUUCUCUGCAUUAGGGUCGGUGCAUAGGGUAGGUGUUGGAGCAUUUGAUUUGCCCCUUUAUUUCUAGUGUUUGUAUUGUUUUUUGGUGUGAAGAUUUUUAUUUUAAGUGUGGAGUUUUAUAUUUUAAUUUUUACCAUUCCUAGCCCCUCUUGUGUGUGUAUAGGGGGGAGGGGGCUUUUAGCUUUUUAUUGUUAGGGUUGUUAGAUUGGAUUUUAGAAAUGCUAUUGAGUGUUUAAUGCAACCAACAUCCAUCUUGUGUACAAUAUAAAUAUGUCAUUUUUUCAAAUAACAAGUCACUCGUAAGAGUGUUUCCAUCCUCCUACGUUGUUGUCUGCGGGCUGCGGUUUGAAUCGUAGACAAACAAAGCCGUAGGGAUACAGUAUCUUGAAAUGAUUCCUUUACUGUCAGCUUCUAAGUGUCACCCAGAGCCAUAUCUUAAAGGUGGUCUGUGACUUCAUUUUUCUGCUUUUGUCAUGACCCCUGCUCUCCCAUCAUAACCCUGAGGGGAAGAGUACAGCUCCAGUUGUCACUGCCGAACUAGGUUUAAAGGACCUCUGCAAUGUUUACAUAAAGUAAUGUCAGUGACGAUCACCCGUCUUCUGAUCAGUCCUUCGGCCCUUGUGUGAGUCUUAUGUGCUCUAUUUAACCUAAUGGGCAAUCUUCUUGCAUGAUUUUCAUAAAAAAACAUAACUUUUCCCAUUUUUUUUAAAUCUUCUGUAUUUUUAUAUUAAGUACUUUUUAAUAUUUUAGAGAUUUGAAUACGUAUGUAAAGGCGUGAGUCUGGUGUUCGCACACAACAUCAAUGAACCUGUUUUGACGUAUGUCUUUUACACCUCUCUAUAGUUCUGCCAUGCUUCAUCUUCUCGUCAUGUGAUGUUGGGCUAAGAGAUGACAACUUGUUUACUUGGUGACCAUGCUACUGCGAUAUCAGCAAACUGGUGUCAACUGGGCUUUAUUUAAUCUUUAUUGGAUUUGUACAAAUAUGAAGUGAAGCCCCCCUUAACAGAGUUUUAAACGUGGAGGUUGUAUAAUUAUGAAUUGAUGAUAGUCCAAUUCAAUAUAGUUUUUUACCUUGGGAUACCAAAAGGAGGCUUUAGCUGGUGGAUAUUGUCAGGCGACCAUGAAGAGGUUUUCAGCUUUCCUUGUUAACCCAGGAAACCUUUUGAAGAGAGCAGAGCGGAUAACGGCUUCACCUGUUACUCGUGCUGUGGGUCUAGACUAUUGGCUGCCUCAGCGUGGUGUCCUCAUCUCAACGCUUGGUUUACAUGCACCUUUCCAAAGGAAAUGGUUGAUAUUUUAUCCUUUGUUUAUCCAUCAUCUUCUGCCAAAUUUGCCAAAAACAUGCUUCUACAAAGAAUUUACUUUAAUAGUAGCGUGUCACAAAAUAAUGUAAAACUAGGCAGCGGUGAAGGAGAAGACAUGGUCCCCAGCUUAGCUUUAAGAUUGAUCAGGCCGUCUGCAUUGUAUAACUACCAAUCUUCAUAUAGAUUUCGAUUUUACAUUUGUCGCAUGUUGUUAAUGGCUACUUUCUGGCCAGGUCUCAGCCACCCAUCCCCACUGCUGACUUAAACUGUGUUGCUUGGCAGAUGUUGCAGAAAAGUGUGUGACUGAGGUGAUGGGGGCUUGUGUCUCUGGGCUCACUGAUGCUAGCUUGACACAUUCUACAGACUGACACUCACUCCUGUGCAACAUUGUUUCCCAUAAUACUGACAACAUGACACCCAGGUCCCAUGUAAGUCUAAUGGGGAGGACUCUGCAAAACUCUAAUGCUAACUUCUGGAUCACAUCCUCACAAAAAUACUUUAUCAUUGUAUUUCACUUGACAUAUAGUAAAACCUAAAGAAAUCUAGAUUUCGAAGAUCUGUUAUUGCACAUCACAACUAAACUUCCAAAUUUCUAUUGCAUAGCCAUAAACAAUCUACACAAAUCUGAUUCCUGAAUUUAUAAUAGCUUCAGUUUUAUUUGCACAAAAAAAACAAAUCAUUUCUGUAUUUGGUAAUAUCCAAAAUAUUAGGCACUGGUGUUACUUUUAUAUAAACAUAAUAGCAUUUAUGUCGCAUGCAAGACCUAUAUACAAAACAUGGUUAUUUAAAGCAAUAUGUUGGACCUGGUGUGAUUGGUAUUGUUGUGUUCAGUGUAGCCUAAAGUCGCUCUGUAUGAAAAAGAAAAAAGACUCCAUUUGGAUUAAGCUAACUGCUCAAUAUGUGUUCAGUGUUCUGCAUGUUUUUGUAUGGAAUGAAGUGUCCCAAAUGUGACCCGCUUUAAAACAACUUUUAUAACCCCAGUACACACUUAACAUGCAAACAUACAUGCAGACUUAAAUGUAAACAUAUAUACUUGCACUGCAAGGUGGAACACACUGAGGAAAGUCUGACUGAAACAUGCCCUUUAGAGAUUGACAAUGGAUGAAUUACUGGAAAGACAUGGGAUUAUUCUUAUUAAUUGAAUUUGACACAAAUUCAUCACUUCAAAACCAUCACAAUGUUUUUACUGACAUGCAUGUUGUUUGAAAUUGACAUCUGCAUUUCUACAGAAAUCAUAUAUUCAGAUUUACUUUUCAUUUAAAGCCUUUCAAAACAUUUGAUUAUACUAUUUGUCAAUUCAAUCAAUAGAUGAUUGCAAAAGUUUUUCCAACACAUUUUCUCUUCUUUCAGACAGUAUAUUAUUUAAAAUAUUUCAUUUUUUGCUCCUGUAACAAAACACUGUUGUUACCCCGCACCUCACACCUGUGUCAGCUACCUGUGUUCAUGUCCAUAAGAACCUGACAUCUUGAUCACACAUUAAGGGCUAGAGACUUGAGAAAGAUCCUACUAGCACAUCCGGACCACUGAGGUAGGGAGAUCUUCUGAGGAUUUGGAGAGAAAAUUCGAGGAAAGGAUUGUUUUAAGUUUGUCUAUUUUUUUUAUAUUGGUUAAUUUGGGUUUGUCCUCAAGAGAAUAAUCCACUUCAUUUCGAGGCUGGCUUUGUUCUUUGAUUUUACCCUGGGAGUAUUACACAUUGAAGACAACAUAUAUUAGAGAUAUAGUUGCCAUAAAAAAGCACAUUUUCUCUGACUUUAAAACCUAUUAAAACUGCCAUAUUUUGUAUCGGGGUUGGUGUAAUUGUUGAUUUAACUUGGCGGAAACUGACUUCAGGAGCAGACGUUGAGAGAGGAGAAUGGAAGGAAUACUUGCUUGUUUCCAUGUUGUCAUUUCAUAAAACAUUAUGCAUCUCAUUCAUUCUGGUUUUACUUUCCUCUGCUUCCAUAUGCCUCCACCACAGCGUUUAGUAACAUGGCUUUGAUUUCAACAUCUUUUGUAUAGGAUAACAAACAUUUCCCAUCUGAGAAACUGCCAUGUUUGGUUUACGGUUAGAAAGUGAUCUUCCGCCACAUAUAACUUGGGUGAAGUUGUUUUUCCUCAGUGUGUGUCCUUUCCUUACCCACUAUUUCUGUCUUCAAUAUAACAUAUCCUGUGUUCCUUCAGUGUCCCCCAAUGUGUUUCUCUGUUGUCACGCGUCAACUUGUUAUUCCAGUUUGCUUCAAUCUAUGCAACAUAAUGAUUUGAUUUGUUGAGCUCCGCACCCUUGGCUUGACGUCCUAACAUGUGUUUGACCUCCUAACAUGUGCUGCCGUGUGCUUGUCUCUGUCUCAGUGGACGGCAGUUUGGUUAUCAUUUUAUCAUUUCAGUUUGCACUGACGGAAUCACAAUACAUGUGCAACUCUGUAUAUGUGUAAGUGUGCGCAUAAGGUGUGCACUAACCUAUUUUCUUUACUCUUUUGUAAUAUAUGAUCAUGUGGAAUGCUUUGGUCUAAGUGUCAUGUCAUUUGAAUGCAUCAGAACAACAAAAUAAUGAUAAUCAAGCAAUUGAAGAUACUAUAUAUUUAUAUCUAUGUAUGGAUAUAUAUCUAUAUGUAGAUAACUAUAUAUGGAUAUAUAUCUAUAUGUAGAUAUAUUCAAAGCCAUCAAAUUUGAAGCACCUGAGGGUCAACUCAAUGUUGAGCAUGUCCUGUAGAUUCCUGCGCAACACAGACGACUAGUCUUUGGUGUGCCGAUAAAGAAUGUUAAUUUAUAGGCUGUAAUAUUCAUUUACUCUUGCCAAUGAAUAAAGUACAAUGUAAUCUUAUUCAGCAA